UGUAUUGAUUUUAACGUCACUGACAGUCUUGGUAGAACUCAGAAAAACAAUGGCUUUCGGUGAUUAUCCAGCUGAAUAUAACCCUAAGGUACAUGGACCUUAUGAUCCAGCACGCUAUUAUGGCAAAGCUGAUGUACCAUUGGGUCAAGUUAAAUUGGGAGAAUUGGGUGCCUGGAUUUCACGCCGUAGCAAGACUCCAAGUGCUAUUGCUGGUGCCAUGAGCCGUGCCUGGUGGCGUUGGCAACACAAAUAUGUCCAACCCAAACGCGCUGGUAUUGCUCCCUUCUUCCAAAUCACCGCUGUCGCUAUGACAUUCUUCUAUACCAUUAACUACGGCAAGAUGAGACACCACAGAAAUUACAAAUAUCAUUAAACUUUUGAAGGCCUGGCCUUAGCAUUAAACCCGGUUAGCGAUUUUUGAGCAUGUAUAACAUGUUUAAAGUGUUGCUGCGGGAACGAAAGAGUUUUGCAAGUGUUUUUGUGUAACAUUUGCUAUUUCACGUAUUUAAUUAAUAAAGAACUUUAAAUGUUUUGGAAAUAAUAAAAGAAAACUAUAAAUCCAAA